AUGAAGACCGAUUUUAAGUUUUCCAAUUUGCUCGGCACGGUGUACUGCCAGGGCAACCUGCUCUUCAGCCCAGAUGGCACCCAUUUGUUCUCGCCCGUGGGGAACAGGGUUACUGUCUUCGACCUGGUGAACAACAAGUCACAUACUCUUCCCUUCGCGCACCGGAAAAAUAUCUCGCGAAUCGGUCUCACUCCUCGAGGAAACCUGCUACUGUCCAUUGACGAAGAUGGCCAGGCUAUUCUGACCAACGUCCUCCGCCGAAUCCCCAUUUACCGAUUUUCGUUCCGCUCUUCUGUCACCGCCCUCUCCUUCUCGCCUUCCGGACGCCAUUUCGUUGUUGGUUUGGGCCGCAAGAUCGAAGUCUGGCAUGUGCCGUCCACACCAGAUGCGAAUGCCGAAGGAGAACUCGAGUUCGCGCCGUUUGUGAAGCACCACACCCACACACAACACUUUGACGAAGUGCGCAGCAUCGAGUGGUCCAGCGACUCGCGAUUCUUCCUUAGUACCUCCAAGGAUUUGACCGCAAGAAUAUGGAGUCUGGAUCGUGAGGAGGGGUUCGUGCCGACGGUACUUUCGGGACACAAGCAGGCUGUGGUGGGGGCAUGGUUCUCGGAGGACCAGGAAACCAUUUACACCGUCAGCAAGGACGGCGCUGUGUUCGACUGGAAGUACGUUGGAAAGCCGGUUCAGGAUGAAGACGAGAUGGUGGACGAGGACGAGGACGACAUGCGCUGGAGAAUUGUCGACAGACACUACUUCAUGCAGAACAGUGCGCAUGUCCGAUGCGCAACCUUUCACCCCGAGUCCAACCUUCUUGUCGCCGGUUUCUCCAACGGAACUUUCGGUCUGUACGAGCUGCCCGACUUCAACAUGAUCCACACUCUCAACAUUUCUCAAAACGAGAUCGACUUUGUGACGAUCAACAAGAGCGGAGAGUGGUUAGCCUUUGGCGCAUCAAAGUUGGGGCAACUCCUGGUGUGGGAAUGGCAAUCCGAGUCGUAUAUCCUGAAGCAGCAGGGCCACUUUGACUCCAUGAACAACUUGGUCUACUCCCCCGAUGGACAGCGCAUCGUCACCAUUGCCGAUGACGGCAAGAUUAAGGUUUGGGAUACCGAAUCUGGUUUCUGCAUCGUCACCUUCACGGAGCACACAAGUGGUGUCACGGCCUGCGAGUUCUCAAAGAAGGGCAACGUACUAUUCACAUCCAGUCUUGACGGCUCCGUAAGAGCUUGGGAUCUCAUCAGAUACAGAAACUUCCGCACAUUCACAGCGCCGACAAGGCUGUCAUGGUCAUGUAUGGCCGUUGACCCUAGCGGCGAGGUCGUCGCGGCUGGAUCUCUGGACUCUUUCGAUAUUCAUAUCUGGUCCGUUCAGACGGGACAGCUUCUGGACCAGCUCACCGGUCACGAGGGUCCCGUGUCGGCCCUAGCCUUCACACCAAACGGCAACUCCCUUGUCAGUGGUAGCUGGGACCGCACCGCAAGAAUUUGGUCCAUCUUCAACAGGACACAAACGAGCGAGCCUUUGCAGCUGCAGGCCGAUAUCCUCGAUAUCGCUGUGCGCCCUGACUCUUUACAACUGGCGAUUUCAACGUUGGAUGGUCAGCUGUCUUUCUGGUCCAUCAUGGAUGCUGAGCAGGUGUCUGGACUGGACGGCCGUCGUGACGUUUCCGGUGGACGCAAGCUCACUGAUCGGAGGACGGCCGCCAACGUGGCGGGCACAAAGAGCUUCAACACCAUUCAGUACAGCACUGACGGAAGCUGCUUGCUUGCCGGUGGCAACAGCAAGUACAUCUGCCUGUACUCUGUUCAUACUAUGGUUCUUUUGAAGAAGUACACAGUCAGCGUCAACCUGUCUCUGUCCGGAACGCAAGAGUUCCUCAACAGCAAGCUCCUUACCGAGGCCGGCCCCGGCGGUCUGAUCGAUGAUCAGGGCGAGGCCUCGGACCCCGAGGACAGGAGAGACGACUCCCUGCCGGGCUCCAAGCGCGGCGACCCUUCUGCGAGGAAGAGGAUGCCAGAGGUCCGCGUCUCGGGCGUUGCAUUCACACCUACCGGCACGGCCUUCUGCGCUGCCACAACAGAGGGCCUGCUCAUCUACAGCCUCGACAACCUCAUGCAGUUCGACCCCUUUGACCUCAACAUGGAAAUCACCCCCGCAUCCACGCUCGCCGUCCUGGAGAACGAAAAGGACUACCUCAAAGCCCUGGUCAUGGCCUUCCGCCUCAACGAGGCCGGCCUCAUCAAGCGCGUCUUCCUCUCAAUACCGCACACGGACAUUGCUCUGGUCGUCCAGGAUAUGCCCAUCGUCUACGUUCCGAGGUUACUGCGCUUCGUCGCGGCCCAGACGGAGGAGACGCCGCAUAUUGAGUUCUGCCUGCUCUGGGUCAAGGCGCUGGUGGACAAGCACGGCGCCUGGCUCACGCAGCACAGGGGCAAGGUGGACGUCGAGCUGAGAAUCGUGGCCAGGGCCGUCUCGAGGAUGCGCGACGAGAUCAGGAGGCUCGCGGACGAUAAUGUGUACAUGGUGGACUAUCUGUUGGGCCAGGCCAGCAACGAAAAGGAGACGACCGGUGUAAAAAUGCUAGAUUUGGCCGCGUUCGACGCCCCCGCCAAGACUUUGGCGAUUGGCGAUGCGGAUGAGGGCCAGAGCGAUUCCGACGGAGAUGAGUGGAUUGGGCUAGAAUAA